UGUGGUUUAUCUGUAUACCUGUUAUUCAGGUAUCAUCGCAUACCUGCUGUUUUACCAUCACGUGAAGUAAGGGGCCUGUUGCUGGAGCACGUGUGGGGUACACACGACCUCCAAAGGAAGACUUGUAUAGAGAACCGAACACACUCGCUUCGGUCCAGUAUUCUGUAAAGCUUUGACUCGUUGAAGUGGCAGACACAUUUUUAUUCACCCUAUCAGAGAGACGAAGAAGAGGAAGAGGAAGAGGAAGAAAAAGAAAAAAAAAAGAAGAAAGAAAAGUGAGUGUAGGAGACUUCGACAAGAUCUACGGAUAGAUUGUUAUAAAUACUCGUGGUGUGCUCGUGUAUUUAAUUAUUCUUACGAUAAGUUCGCGAUCAGUUGUGUCCUAUAUAAGGAGUAUCUGCUGAUUUCUGAUAAGAACUUACAAAAUACUUUAGUUCAAUAAUGAUAGCUCGAAGGUUACUGUUAUUACUGUUACAAAUACAUCUCGCACGUUACUGUUACUCAGAGAAAACUUUAAUAACAGUCUACAAUGACAUUGGACUGACACCGAUCGACCCAGAAAUCGCAGAUACGAUCGAUUGGAACAAACAUUAUUGUAAACGACUUUGUAAAGAUGGAUCACCACCUCUGGAUUGUUAUUACACUUUCAAAAUUGAAUCUUAUCGUACGAUGAGCAAAGCCUGUUACAAUUGUCCAUUAAAUUCUACCGAUUGUUUCCGUCCUCACUGCAUACCAGCCGAUGGGAUUAAAAGAUCAAUUUUGGUUGUUAAUCGGCAGUUGCCUGGACCAUCGAUUCAGGUUUGUCUAGGUGAUAGAGUAAUAGUCGACGUUAUUAAUUUAUUACAUUCCGAAAGUACUACGAUGCAUUGGCAUGGACUGCAUCAUCACAAAUCACCCUACAUGGACGGUGUACCGUACAUUGCUCAAUGUCCGAUUCCCCCGGGAUCAACUUUUCGGUACAAUUACAUUGCUACUGAAAUUGGUACCCACUUUUGGCAUUCUCAUAUAGGUUUCCAAAGAGGUGAUGGUCUUUUUGGACCUCUAAUUGUUCGUGCACCACCCUCUAAGAAUUGGCACAAGGAUUUGUAUGACGUGGACGAAUUUACAUUAACCCUUUAUGAUUGGACUCAUAAUAUGGGUAACGACAUGUUCCUUGCACAUCAUCACUCGAAUGGCGAUAACAAACCUGUUAACUUACUCGUUAAUAGUUUGGGACGGUACAAAUCUAAUAAUAGCGAUAUUGAUGCUAUUUCCAUGAGAAUGCCUUUAACGACGUUUACUGUUAAACAGAAUUUAAGAUAUCGAUUCAGACUGAUAAACGCUGAAUUUCUUAACUGUCCCAUCGAAGUUUCCGUGGACAAUCAUACUCUUUUCGUCAUUAGCUCAGAUGGACGUGAUAUAGAGCCAGUAGAAGCCGAAUCUUUAGUAAAUUACGCUGGCGAAAGAUUUGAUUUUAUUAUUAAUAUGGACCAAGAAAUUGAUAAUUAUUGGAUCCGGUUCCGUGGUUUGAUGGACUGUGACGAGAGAUUCCUUAGUGCUCAUCAAGUCGCUAUUCUUAGAUACGAGAAUGCUAAAGGUUUAGAACCAGAAGGAGAAAUUUCCUAUGAUCGUCCUCCAAAUAAUCUACUUGGAUGGAAAGUGAACGCGUUAAACGAGGGUACAGAAUCGAAUAACAGUCUUAGCAUACCAUUGCUUACUUCUUUGGAUGAAAAUGACGAAACGAGUAUCGAAAAAGCGGAUUAUCAAUUUUACGUGGCCUAUGAUUUUUAUGCUAAAAAUAAUCCACAUUUCCAUCGGGAAGGUCUUUACGGAUUUGAUCAAAUAAACGAUUGGUCACAACGAUUGUUCACGCCACAAUUAAAUCACAUAUCAAUGAAGUUACCAUCCUUCCCAUUACUUUCGCAACGAGACUUAAUCGAGCCUAAUCAAUUUUGUAACUCGAGUACUGUAACAGGAUGCGAUAAGAAAUUUUGUAGUUGCACUCAUGUUCUCCAAGUGAAAUUGAAUAGCGUCGUUGAAGUGAUACUCGUGGAUGAAGGUAUUACUUACGAAGCGAAUCAUCCAUUUCAUAUUCACGGCUAUCAGUUUCGCGUUGUAGGAAUGGAAAGACUAAGCAAAAACGUUACAGUAGACGAAAUAAAAAGAUUGGACGCAAUUGGCAAGAUAAACAGGAAGCUUGACCAUGCACCGUUGAAAGACACAGUGACCGUUCCUAACAUGGGCUACACCAUUAUUCGAUUUUAUGCAGACAAUCCAGGAUAUUGGCUAUUCCAUUGUCACAUCGAAUUCCAUGCUGAAAUCGGUAUGUCCUUGAUCUUUAAAGUGGGUGAUCACGAGGCAAUGCAACAAGUCCCACAUGGAUUUCCACGAUGUGGUGAUUGGAAGCAGUCCUUCGAUGAAAAUCCAAGUACCAAUACAACAUCAACACAAAAUAGUUCAACAACAAAUUCGAAAGAAAAUGAAGUUGAAUUAUCAAACGAAUUACAAUCAUAUAUGAGUAUAACUCCAUUGCUACAGCAAAGAACUGAUUCUUCCUCGCCUAAUCUUACCACAUCAACACAUUUGCUAACUCUUUCCAUCAUUAUUUCCGUUAUUCUUAACGUACUAUAUUUGUAGUUUUUAUAUUUAAAACAAAAUUGUUAGAAAUAUGACAUAAUUUUCUAUUACUUUUCAUUAGUGGUAACAGACCAUUGUAAAAAGUGUAUUUUAACAGACACUAUAUUCUACGUACUUACAUUUUUAUGUUUUUACUUGAAAGGAUUUCAAGUUCUAAAAGAAUUACCAGUAAUGUAUGAAAGUAUGUUGUCACUGUGAUAUAUUAAUUAUGACUGGCAAUGAACUUGAAUGGCCUCCUUAAAAUAGGAGACUUCCUACUUUAAGAAAAAAUGUACCCUAUUUUGGAUUGUGCCUUGAUUAUAAUGAAAACAUACAAUGAUAAGUCGUAUGUAUAUACUAACAAUAAGUACUGAUUUAUAUUCAAUAACCAUACUUUAAUUACCCAUCAGUAUUCGAAUCCAUAUUAAUUCUCUUUACCUAACAAAAAUCCAUCUACAUAACUAACAUUAUCAAUCAUCAAUUAUAGAUCAUUAUUAUCAUUUUGACAUCGUAAUUUUAAGAAAGUAUUGUGAUAUUUAAAAUUAAGUUUAAUUAAAUUAUAGAAUUAAUGAAAGUA